CCGAAUCUGGGUGAGAGACUGCAGCCGACUGACUCAAACUCCGACCCGGAGGAAAAAUCUAUCCAGCCUCCGGUCCGCAACCUGAGCCAGGAGCUGUGGCGGAACCGCGUGAUAAAACCCGGGAGAGGCUGGCGAAAGGAGAAGAGAAGUCAUACUCUGGACAUGUGUUGAGAUGACACACUCGUACCUUACGACCUUAAAAGAGACCUGCCAACUCUUUUCUUGAAGCGCAGUUAAAACUUUCAGCCGAGACAACAGGAGUUUCCCCAUCACUAAAAACGCAAUGUAUCGGUCCACUAAAGGAGCGUCGAAAGCUCGGAGGGACCAAAUAAACGCAGAGAUUAGGAACCUAAAGGACUUGUUGCCCAUCUCCGAUGCGGACAAAUCUCGACUCUCCUAUCUUCACAUCAUGUCGCUAGCCUCCAUGUACACGAGAAAGGCGGUCUUCUUCAGUCAAGAAACAGCUUCCUCAAGCACUGCAGAAGAAACAGCUGGAUUUCUUCAAUUUCAUGAGCUAAAUGAGUUGGUACAAUUGAUGCCAGGUUUUCUGCUGCUGUUGACCGGAGAAGGAAAGCUACUGUAUCUGUCAGAUAGCGUUUCUGAGCACCUAGGACACUCAAUGGUAGAUCUGGUUGCUCAAGGGGACAGCGUGUAUGACAUAAUCGACCCCACAGAUCACUUUAUUAUGAGGAGUAACCUGGUACCGCCAACUUUACCUGACACAGAUCGUUUGUUCCGCUGCAGAUUCAACACCUCCAAAUCAGUGCGUAGGCAAAGCGCAGGCAAUAAACUUGUUCUAAUCCGAGCCCACUGCCUGACACAAACUCCCAGUCAAUCUUCCCCGUCAACCUACUGGACUUCCAACCCAGUGUGGGUGUGUUAUUGUUCCCCUCUGGAGCCUCUAGCAUCUCGAACCGGAACUUCCUCUGAACCUGAACCACCCUCUGUGUCAGCAGAAGAGAGCAACUUCUUCCUGCCAUGUUUCCGUUCUCAGCAUAGCCAUGACAUGAGACUUCAGGAGGCUCAAGACAGCGUAAACGUUUAUUUGGGUAUGAAUGUGGAGACUCUUCGGGCCCAAUCCUGGUAUAGCUUCCUACAUCCCCAAGAUCUUUCACAUGCCUCUGCUCAGCACUGCAGUCUGUUGAGAGAGGGAGGAGAAGGCAGAGCUGAGAUGGUGGUUCGCAUAGAGAAUGCUGAACAUUCGUGGGUCUGGCUUUACAUGGUCCUGCAGUUGGAAACUGGGGAAAAUCCUAUAGUCAGUAACAAUUAUAUCAUCAGUGAGUCAGAGGCCUGGUCAGUCAGGCAGCAGCUGAGCUCUGAACAGACCCAGCUCUCUUUGGUGCUGGGCUCGAGCACUUCCCAACAGGAGAGCCUAAGUUUACAAAGCCCAGAAACACUCUCCAGCCCAGACCAAGUGUUUACACCUGGAAGCAGUGGCCUCUCUGGUCAGUCAUUUGACUUCAGCACGGCUGCCUUAAGUGCGGGUUCGACAGAAGAGCAAGGUGGAAGCUCAACACUGGAUGCCACACAAAUGGAAUGCGGCCCACGCUCCAGCCUCUCCUCUCUGGAGGAGGAGAGCUUCUUCCAGCAUGAGCCUAGUGAACCUGUGGCUAGUCUUUCUUCGGCAUCAUCUCCCAUUCCAGUCACAGUUGCAACAGUGUCUGAUUUGGACUUCCUCACUCAGAACAUUUUGCUGCCACCAGCAUUCCAGAUAGAUCCCCCCCUACCGGCCUUGCCACUCCCUCUUCCACCUGUAACGACCUCCCAGGCCCAACAGACUAAGGAGUUUGUGUGCACGCCCCCCUACACACCUCAGCUAGGUGGAAGCAAUUUUCCCUUUGGGGAACCUCAUUUCAGCUUUGAUCCUACUGGGGCCACCUCACCACCUCCUCUUCCUCAAACAGCAACAGUAACAACCACUGUGGCUCCAUCUCUUUCUCCAUCUGCUCCAACAAAGCCACAAGGCAGCCCACCUCCUAAAACAACGACACUCUCUACUCUUCUGCCACUCACCAUAACAUCUCCAACCACAGAUAUUCUCUUCCCAGUUGAGCCUUGCAGUGGCUCUCUCUAUGAGAAACUCCCUCCAACUCCUGACAGUCCGGGUGAUGGGGACUGCACGGUCAUGACAUUGCCGGAGGUCCGUGGUCCACUGUAUGUUGAUGUACCCCAUGGACCCCUCCCAUACCCACCAGAGGGUCUACUCACACCUGAAGCCUCACCUGGAAAACAGCCCAGCCUAUCUUUCUUCUCCUCCCUGCUUGAGAGAGAAAAAGAAAGAACAGAGAUCUCACUUUUAGCCCAGCACAUUAGCACACUAGCAGAGGGCUUCUACCUAGAUCCACUCCUCUCCAAGCUGGUUCCUUCAACCAUCUCUCCUCACCCUCAAUCUCCAUCCCUGGAUUCGGGUUUUGAGUCAAUCCCACUGUUGGGUGAAAUCUAUCAACUCAAGUCAUGGAAAGGCUUGGAUGUGCCCAUCUUCUCUGAUGACGAGUAUCUGUUUGAAGAGAGUGUCUUGGAGAGCCUUCUGCAGGACCUCGCGUCUUCCCCUCCUCUCUCACCCACACCCUCUUCCUCCUUUCCAUCCAGUCCUCCGUCCUCCCCCUCCACUCCUGAGUGCUGGUGCCCACCCCUGCACUUUGACGGGAUCACUGCUGUGAGUGGCGGUCACUUCUGUAGCGUCCAAUCGGCGCACUGUAACAAUGUGGCCGGGCGAAGGGCUACGAUGUCGCCAGUCAAUACAGGCAGUAUGACGGAUGGGAAGGCGGCAGGCGAAGUUGCCAUGGAGACAGAGGUAGCAUUAUCACCUCUGUUCACAGAAAUACCAACGUCUCCACCACUGCAGCUGAUUGCCUCCCCCCUUUCGGCGACUGUGUCCUUGCCUGACAGUCCCGCGUCGCCCGGCGUGCCCUGCGCCCAGUCCCUCCUCGAGGAGCUGGCCGCCCUGGAACCCAUGUUUGGGGCAGGUGCCUCGAUCGCCCCUGGCUUGGGGCAACAACCUGAGUUGUAUCAACUCCAAAGUCAUGCGCCUCAACAGUGCUUCCACAAAGAUGGGAGUGGAAGUGAUCCUCCGUUCUAAAAUAAGUCUGUGACUUACUUCAUUAAGUAUGGCAUAUUGUCAUAUUUCAUGGAGAUACUUUUGCUGAAAAGUGAAUAUUAUUUAACUGUAUAAUAUAUACAUAAUGUAUAUAAUGCCUAAAUAGACUUGAACUUCCUCAAAUUCAUUGAGAGAAAAUUGUCACGUUCACAACUUUUCAUCAAAUUAUCCAUUAUCAUUUAUGUUUAUACUAGCAAUGCAAUAUAUUAGUCUUGAAAAGAAGGACUAAAAGUUCAAUCUACGUCUUUCUGCUAUAAUGUAACAAGAGCUUAUAUAAGUGAGAGUUACAGCUCUGACUUUGUAAGUGCAAACCGACUUACAGACUUGCAUUUGUAUUCACUUGUAGUGAAAAGAGAUUCUUUAAUAUUUCAGAAACAACAGAGCUUAUGGCUCAGUGCUUGCCAUCCAGCAUCACAAAUACAAAGCCCAAUGUGUGAAAAGUAUUCACGUAAUGGAUCAAAGAUAUGAUCAGAUUUCUAAAUAAGUAUUAACAUCAGCAUGCUUCCCACAGCAGAUUAAUUUUCCUCAUACUAACUGUAAUUGGAAUGUCAAUGUCAACAACAAUAUAAAUUAGAAAAAUCUAACUACAUUGGGCUUUGUGUUUGUGAAUGCAACUGUAGGACAUUUCAUUUCAAAUGUGUAUUAAUGUGAUGUACAAAUGUUUCUUUAAAUUGUGAACAAAUUCGAAAACAAGUCUUGUUUUCACACUGUUCUUCUACUGGCCGGUGGACACAAGCUGCAGAAGAAGCCGCCAGCAAGAGGGACAAAAUAUUGUGCAUGGCUUUGCAUGCACGGACAUUACUGGACAGACCUAUUUCUAUCUACUACAGAGACAACGUAACAAAUCCUUCAACCGGCUACAUCAGUGAGCCCGGCUAGAAGCAAUUGCACUGGACUUUUGCAGCAUCAAUAUUUGUAAUGCUCGCAAACUGCAGAAGCUCUUGUGUGCCUGGCACAUCAAGAGAAUGCAGAACUAAGUGAAACGGCACCUUAAUUUAGUGAAUACCACGGUGACAUCGUAACUUUGCUGUCUGCGGUGCGGAGUGGUGACAAUGUGUGAAUGAAGGCUUCUUCUUUUUUGAGAGGGAUUGAAAACGAAGCAAUGUUUUGUUUUAAAAAAUGAGCUGGAAAAUGGGGAUGGGGUUCUGUUUCUAUUUAGUUACCAAUCGACACGGGUUGAGAAUGGUUCUAUUCCCAUGGUGUCGACACGCUAACGUAGAGUCGUCUACGGUCAAGUAAAGGAUUGAUUCCUAUGUUCUAGCUAUUUACAUGCUAUGUUUAAAAUGUUUUAUUGUAUGUGUGCUGUUUUACAGAAUGGGUGCUUGGUGCACGUGCCUCUAGCUAGGCAUGUUGCGGAACGGUUAAAGAUUGUAAUAAUUUGUACAUUUGUACAAACGACAGUCUGUACAUAUCAGAGACAUUUCUGUAGUAUAUGAAAACAUAUGCUAUUUAUGAACAAUGGACAUUGUGGAUCAGUGUUCUUAUGUGUCGCUGAUAAAUGUAUUUGGUUGGAAUUUAUAUUAAAGUGCACUUAAAAGUA